AUGUUCUCUUUGUCAACACAGAAAGAAUUGCGCAUUUUUCACUCCGACGAUCAUAUAUUCUCAUUCGGUCGAACCUCAUCUAACAAGCGAUUCUCCACACAAAUCGAUUCCAGUCCAUCGCCACCAACACUGGAAUUGUUGUAUCGUUCGUUGAACAACGGACGACGCAAAAGUGAUACCGGGGCUAAACUCACCCUGUCUCCACGGUUGUGCAAACUGCCCUGUGGCGGUCUCGGUGUCGAUUCGGACACCGUAUGGAACCCGGGUGCGACAGCCCGAGCCGCACGUCUCGCCACGGGACAGGUGAUGUGUUUGGCACACAAGUGA